AUGGUCAAUGGGGUGGAGGGUGAGACGAUGUGUGAGACGGUGGUGCGAUGGAGUGAUCUAGAUGCUAAGAUGGUGCAAAGAGGAAGCUUUUUUGCGUGGAAUGUAUGGACCGAACGAAAUAAGUUGGUAUUUGAAGGCCAAAGGCAACCGGUGCCUGUCAUAGUCCAACGUGCGAGUAGGCAAUGUGAUGAGUUCAAUUCUUAUACUACUCGAAUUUAUGGAGGUCCGAAAAUGGGAGGUUGUGUGAGCUCGACAAAAUGGUGUGCGCCUCCUAGGGGCACGAUUAAGCUCAACACAAAUGCUUACCUUGGGGCAGAAGGAUGGAUUGGGUUGGGCAUUGUAGCUCGUGAUUUUCGAGGGAAAGUAUGCUUUUCGGUUGUGCGUCGCACCAGGGCCUGCUGGCCCGCGGCUAUUGCGGAGUGCAAAGCAAUUUACAUGGCGGCUAGGUUGGCUAAGGCUCAUGGUCUAGUGUAUAUUAUUAUUGAGUCCGAUUCUCAGGUGGUGACUAAUAGGCUGACAAACGAGACCCUCUAUUUUGCAGAUUUGGAUAAUAUUCUAGGAGAUAUUCUUUCUUUAUGUAAUGCGUUUGAAUCAGUUAAAUUUCUUCAUGUUAAGAGGGAUGGGAAUGUUGUAGCCCAUCAUCUCGCUAGAGUAGUGCCUUUUGGAGUCGAACAAUGUUGGGAGAACCAUUGUCUUCGUGAAGUGGCUCCGUAUGUUUUGAUGGACACUUUGUCCUUGGAUUAA